AUGGCUAAAGAAAUUGAAGAAUAUUUUGUUAAAAGACUUUAAUCAUAUCUAUUAGAAUACUUAUAGGAUUUCUCCCAAAAUAAUAUGGCUAAAGUAUUAAAAUAAAGUUAAUAAUAGUUUUCUUUGGGAAUUUCAUCAAACAUAAUAUUAAAGAAUUUGUAAAUUAAGAAAUAAGCUUUAUUGAAUUUUUCAUUCCCUAUGUAUAUCAUUGAUGGAAAGAUAAAUUCAAUUACAAUAAAUGUAUUAAAUAAUAGUAUUUUAGAUGCCUCUAAAUUAUAAAUCUUAAUAGCCAGAAAUGAUUAUUGAAGGUAUUGAUUUAUAGGUAUGUACAAUUUAAGAAGCAAACUUAUUUGUAUCAAAUAAAGAAUAAUAAUCAUAAUAAGGAGUAGAGAAUUUAAAAAAGCAUAAAUUAAAAAUUUGGGAAGAAUAAAUGGCAAAAUAUUUUGAAUAAUUAUCUCCACCAAAUUGGAUAUAAAAAAUAGUUGAUGGAAUAUACAAUAAUAUGUCAGUUUAGGUUAAAUCAUUCUUUUUAAGAUUUUAUAAUUUCUCAAUAUUUGGUUAUGAAACUUAAUUAAAAAUUAAGGUAGAUAUCAAUAUAAAGGCUACUGACAAAUAAUUUUAGUAAAAGUUUAAUAGUGAUUUAAAUUGCAUUUACAAAUUAAUAGAAAUUAAGAAACUUGGUAUCACUUAUUUGAAAAUUCCUAAAAAGAAGGAAGAAUAACAUUUAUUGAAUCCUAUUGAUAUAAUUGUUAAAUUAACUAUGUAUAAAAAUUAAGAAGAAUUAUCUUAACCUAUUUAAAGUGUAGAGGUUACAAUUGAUAAUCCUAUCAUAUUUUAAAUAAAUAAGGAAUCAAAAAACUAUAUAUUGAAAUUAAAUGAAGUACUAUAAAAUUUAGAAAUUGUUUAAGAUAAUUUCCAUUUCAGACCAAAAUGUGAAGUUAAAGCUAAUUAUUCUGAAUGGUGGAAAUAUUUGAUAAAUGCUGUAAUGCAAAAUCAAAAGAAUCAUAAAUUAGAUUUAGGUUAUAGUUCAAGAAGAUUAGUAUUAAUGAAAAGAUAUAUAGAAUUAUAUAAGAGAAAACAAACUAUAAUAUUAGUUCCUUGGUUAACAAGUUGGACAAUGUAAGAUGAAACUAAAUUUAAAAAAUGUGAAGAGUAAAUGUCACUUAAAGAUUUAUUAAAAUAUAGAGAAUGGGCAUUUUAAGAGAUUAGAAUAGAAGCAAAAAGAUAUUAUCAUUCUUCAAAAGAUGGAUAAAAUCAAUAAAGUGUAAAACCUGUAUUAGAAAUAUGGACAAAUACUAUUAAUAAUUAGAAUUCUUUUAAAGAUUAGAAAAAAAGAGAUGAUGAUAUACCAAUUGAAUUGGAAGAUGAUGAAAAAAUUAAUUUAUAUGAAAUAUUAGAGAGAGACAAAACAUAAGUACUUUCUAGUUAUUUAAAAGGCUAAAAUAAUGAUCCUGAUUAAGUUAAAACAUGGAUAUCAAUAAAUAUUCAUUCGAUCUUUUUAAUAAUAUUAGAAAAUCGUCCUCCAAAUGUUGCUGCUUAUUGUCCUAAAAAUACUAAAAUAUUUAGUUCUUGUUAAUGUAGAAAAUGUAUUCAACUAAUUAAAAGACCAUAAUUAGAUAAAAAAAAGAAUUCUUAAUUUAGUUAAAGUUAUUCUAUAUCAGAAGUUAUUAAAUAAACUUAAAAGAUAAAUGAUGAAGGAUCCUUUCAUACUGCAAAAGAAAUAGAUAGUUUUUAUGAAGAUAUGUAAGAUCUUAAUAAAGAUGAUUCUUAAUCUUCUCUAGUAUCAAGUUAAGAUUAAAAAAAUAAUAAUUCAUUAACUAAAUAUAAUUUAGAAUCAAAUAGAAGUAAUAAAUUAAUUUUGAUUGUGAGUAUGAUAGGUAUUAAAAUACCAAUAUCUAUUUAUUAAAAUGGAAGAAUUAAAACUAAUGAGAAAGAUGGUAAAGCAAUCAUUAUUGGAGAAAUUAAAAUGUUAUCACCAGGUAUGAUGCCUAAAUUAAUGGAAGAGAAGAUAGAUUUAGAUGAUUAUACAGAUAAAUAAUCUCCUUUAUUUGAAAGUUAAAAGAAUAAAUGGGAUGAUUCUAAAUCAAAAAAAAAAUAAUUUGAAUCAACUAAAACAUUAACAAGAGCAAAAUUAUCUGAAUUUGUAAAUGAUAUAUUUGAAGUAUCAGUUACAAAAGAUUAAUAAUAUUUUUCCAGUAGUGAAAUUUGUUUUUAAACUUUAUGUGAGUUUUUGGUACAAAAUCAAAUGAAUAAUAUUAAAUGUUUUUUAAUUGAUUAUGAAAAUGAUAAACAUGCAUUUUAAGAUUUUGCUCAAGAUUAAUAUAAAAGUUAUGAUAAAUAUUUUAUUUACAAUGAAAAAGAAGAAAAAGAUGAAAAAGAUGAAAUAGAUGAAUCUAUGUUAUUACAUGUUAUUAAAUUUUAGAAAAAUGAAAAUCGAUGGGCAUUAUUAAAAUAGGCAGCAAUGCAAAAUUAAGAUAAAUAACAUUAAGCUUUAGGUGAAAAUGAAUAAUAUUGGUAAUCUUGUUCAAACAAACAUAGAUAUUUAUAAGAAGUUCAUAAUAAAUUAAUAGAUAUUAUAAAGAAAUCUUUAUUUGCAUCUUUUAUUGAAGAAUUUGGAGAUAAGAUAUUUCCAUUAUGUAUCAUAAAUCUUAAAGAUAAAUUAACAUAUUCAACUGAAAGCACAGCUCACAAUUUAGUAAUAUCACUAUAUUUAGAAGGUCAAAAGUCAGAAUAUAAAAUAUCACCAAACAAUGAAAAGAAAAAGAAGAUAUCAACUCAAUAAUCUAUUGAUGAAUAAUCAAAUCAACAUAUAACUAUUCAUUUUUAAAGAUUUUCACUAUUUCUAUCUACUAAAAGUCUAAUAUCUUUAUUAGAUUUUUCUAAAGGCUUAGAUUCUAAUUUGAUGAAUCAAAGAUAAUUUUAUGUCUCAUAAGAUCAUAAACUAUUAGAAUGCAUCUUAAAAUCUAAACCUUUAGCUUAAGAGCUUUACAAACCAAAUUAAAUUAAAUUUUUAGUUUAAUUAAAAGAUAAACUUAAAGUUAGAAUUGUAUCUGAUCAAAUAUCAAAUUAAAUUAAAACUGAAUUAAAGUUUUAAAUUAAAAGUAUGUCCUUUUCUACUGUAAAAAUUGAUGAUUUAUUUUCUCAUGUAGACAAUAAAAAUGAGUAAAUUCUUUUUCUAUAACAUCAUAAAUUUUAUACAGCUUUAAAAUUAUCAAUAGCUCAAUUUAAAAUAGCACAUAAAUAUUAUUCACCUGAUUAUAAGGCUAAAAUGGAGGAACUUAAAUCUUAUGAAAAAGAAUAACAUUAAGAAGAUAAAAAAACUCCAUUGAAUAAUAUCAAAUAACCAAUUAGCAAAUAAAAUACUAAUUAACCGUUUGAAUAAUUUUCAAAAUAAGUAUCCAAAAGUAUUGAUGCUAGAUAAUUUUAUAAAACUGCUAAGUAACCUUCUUCUUCAUGUAUGUAAUAAUAAUAAUAAAAUAUUUAAAUACCUAAAAAACAAAGAGAUAGUAAAUUUCAUAUAAAAGGAAUCAAAUAAACAAUUUUAAAAACAUCAAUUAUUGCUCUUUAAUUGUAAUCUAAUAUUGAAAAUCAUGCAUUACUAACUGACUAAAAAUUAUAUAUUUAAAUACCUUACUUUAAUUUAAGAAUUAAUGAUUCAUUCAUAUGUUUUAUAGAAUUCUUUUUAAUUUUUAAAAAUAGUAUUGAAUAUGUUAGUCUGCCUUAAUAAAAGACAAGAAUAGGAUAAGACAGUCUAUUAAAAGCUGAGCUUGACACUUUAUUUCAUGAUCAUAAAGAACAAAGUUCUGAUUGUAAACAUUGUAUACUCAAAUAUAGGAAAACUAUUAAAUUGUUAAAUAUUCUUUUCGGAAGCAUUGAUAAUAUGAAUAACUCAGCAUCAAUUGCUUCAUGGUUUCAUAUAUUAAAUUAUGAAAGUUUAAAAUUUGGUAAACCAUUUAAGGAAGAUGUUCUACAUAAAAAAGGUUAAGGAUUAAAAAUUACAUUCUAAAGUACUCCAAAAGGAACAAAUCAUGGAUAUUAUAAAUCAAUUAUUGCCUUCCCAAUUUUAUUAAUAACAAGAGAUAUUGGAUAUUUUAAAGAUAAUCUUAUGAUACAUUCCUCAGCCUCUAAAUUCAAAGAUAAUGGAGCCAUUGUUAGAAGUGUUUAAAAAUUAGAUAGUGAAGGUGAACUUUAAGGAAAUUAAUUUGACAAACACAAUAUAGGAGAUAACUUAUUUUCAAAAUUUCGUCCAUCUUCUAAAAGAGAUUCAGGCUAAUCUAAUAUACCUGAAAGACUUAGAAGGGAAACAAAUUAUAUUUUAGUAGAUCCUGCUUAUAAAGUAAAGGAUAAACAUUUAUUUUGGUCAAAGCUUGAUGAUAAAUUCAUAUUUUAUUGUAGAAGUAAUGAAAAAGAAAUGUUUAAGUCUGAAAUAAGUCUUUAAGAUCUUGAUGAUAAAUAGGUUGACGUAAUUUUAUAAUCUGAUGAAAAUUUAAUUAAACAAACUGAUCAAUCUCUAUAUAUUUUAUUAUAUUACAAUAAACCAAUAAGAAGUGAAUUAAUUUAAAGUAGAGAUAUUUAAUACAGAAAUGAUAAAAAUUCUAAAGUUAAAUUAUUUUUCUCUUUAUAAACUAUUAAAGCUGUUUUUUAAAAUUAAUAUGCUGCUUGUAACAUUUUAACAACAUUCAAAAAUAUUAAUAAAAUAUAAUCAAUUAUUUAAAAAGUACAUGAUAAUGUUUAUUAUUUUAAAAGGUAAGAUGAUUAAGUUUAAGGUCCUAAAUUAUAAGAAACACCAAUUAAACUUUUAGAUGAUAUGAUAGUUUCAGCUAGUAUUUAAUAAAUAUAUUUAAAAUCUAAUGAAUCUUUUUUUAAAUUAUAGAUGCUAAAAAUUAUGCUUAAUCUAGAAUUAUUAAAUGUAAUCUCAAAUCCAAUCAAAUCAAGUUUCCAUAACAAAAAUUCUAGUCUUGCAAUAUUAGAAAGCCAUUCUAAAUUAAAAACAAAUCAAACUUAAAUAUUUUUAUUUGAUGAUUUUAUGAUUAUGAAAUGUCAUUCAAUUAUGUUUAGCUUUAAUUAAGUUAGUAUUGUUGAUAUGAGAUUACUUCAUAUUUCAAAAUUAUCUAAUGCUUUAUAAUUUUAAGUAGAAGAUAUUUCGAUUAGUAUAAUAAAUAAUCAUACAAAACAAAGAGAAAAUUUAUUAACUAUGCCAAAGAAAGAAAAAUAAUCAAUAAAUAAAUCAAAUUUUUAAUAAGAGAAUAAUAGAAAAGUUGAUAAACCUGUUGCAAUAACAAUAGCUCUAGAAUUUUAAAAUCUUAAUCCAAAAAUUAAUAUGUAAAUUCAAUAAGGCUAAAUCUUAUUAUCAUAAAAGAGAGUGUAAGAUUUACUUAUUGCAAUUAAUAGUUUCUAUCUUAUCAAUAUUGAGGAAUCCAUUUCACUUAGAUAACACUUAAUAAAAUAUAUCUUUUUAUAAGAAUUAGAAAUUUUAGGAUUAGAGUAACCUUAAAUUGUUAAUUUAUUUUUAAAAGAUAAUAGAUCUAAUUAAUCAGCACUUAAUUUAUUUUUAGAUCUUAAAAUUGAAGAAUUAUAGAUUUCACUUUAAGAAUAAGAAAGUGAUUUUUUUGAAUUGAAUUUAUUUUAAAUUUAAAUGAAAAAAAGAUUAAAUCAAGAAUUAGAACUUUAAAUUAAAUAAAUUGAACUUAAACCAUAAUAUUUUAAGGGAGAAUAUGGCCAUUAUCCAAAUUUAAUAUAAUAAAAUGGAUAAAAUGAAAUGAAAAUAUCUUUAGAGAAUAAUGUUAUUCAUAUUGAAAAUAUCUAAUUUUAUAUGAUAUCAAGAUAUCUAAAUGAAUUAUAUGCAUUUAAAUUAUAAAUUGAAAGAAUAUUAGAAAAAAAUAAAUAAGAUUUGGCUGAACGAUAUUAAAAUGACUUUGAACUUUAAUUGUAAUUAAAACAGCAAGAAAAUUUUGAGUUAAAUAAAGAAUAAUUCAAUUAUUAAAUUUUGAUUAAAAAUUCUUAGAUUAUUAUUCCUCAAUCCUCUUCAGAUAAAAAUCUAAUUAAAAUAAUUUUUGAUUAAGCAGAUUUAAAGAUUAGAAAAGGUAAAAUAUUCUCAAAAAUACCAGAUAUAUUUGAUUAAAAAACAGAUAUUUUAGAACAAAAAAAAUUAUUAAUAGAUUAUGAAGAUAAAUUUUCCAAAACAAUUGAUAAUAAAUUAGAAUUAUAGGAUAUAUUUAUAACUGAAAUAAAAGGUAAUUUUCUUAUGGUUAGAGUUGAUUAUGAAAUCAGUUGUUAAUCUAAUGAAUCUUCAUUAAUUAAAGGAAAUCUAUUAAAUGCAGGUAAUUCUUAGAUUUUAUUAUUUUUUUAGAAAGUUUUUAUGUUGAAAUGCAUAUCCCUUCAUUCGAAUAGCUUUUAGGAUUGAGUGGAUGGAAAUAUUAAGAUAAUUUUAAGAUAACACCAAAAAAACUAAAAAUGAAAUUAGAUUUAGGAAAAUUAUUAAAGAUUCAAAGUUAUAUUGAUCAAAAUUUUUCAGAAAAGUCUCCACUAUUUGAAUUUUAGAUAUCUCAACUACAUAAAAUUAGUUUUGAUGUAUAUCUAGAAUAUAAUUGAUAGCUAAAUAUAUUGUCAAUGGAAGCAUCUUUAACUCGAUAUAGUUAGAUAGAAAAAGAUUAAGCUGAAAAACUAAACAGUAUUAGAUUAUAUAAUCAAUAUAAAAGAAAACAAAAUAAUCAAUAAGAUAAACAAUCUACCAAAUAAAAUUAUCCAAAUAAUUGA